GAAAACUUCGGUUUGAAGAAGAUUUCAUUGAAGACAUCAUCAGGAUGAUCACGAUACUAAUAUAGAGAGAGAAUAGCAGACAGGAAUUGAUCAUGCAUGUUUGAUCGGCUGAUUCGGCUUUGAUGAUGCAACUAGUAAAGAAAGAGAAUAACUAACAGAUGACAGUUAAGAACUAAGAUGGGUUAUAAGCAUAUUUAAACUAGCUAGUACUGCAAACUAUCAUCCAUGGCCGGGCGAUGGAUUGGGUGGUGCACGUACUAAAGAACAGCCAAACUUACUUAAUUCGGCACCAAUGAACGGACGGCGGAUGACCAUUAAAGAGAAUUAAACAUUGGGGUUCGGGGGGACAAAAUCCUUGACCUGAUAGAAAAGUAUUUAGGUGAAGGUCUUGAGUUUGGAGCACAGCCGAUCUAAAUCCCUCUUCCUUUCCUCAAAAAUGUCGAGCAUACUUCUUCUUCAGCCAGAGAUCAUGUUGGACAUAUUCUCUCGAUUGCCAGUCGUGUCAGUACUCCAGUGCAGGCGAGUUUGCAAGAUCUGGAGAAAUCUCCGUUUGUUUGAUGAUAAAUACUUCGGAGAUAUGCAUCUGCGGCAACUACUAAUGCAGCAGCAAGAUGACAGAGGUGGUUGUCUUUACAACUCUAAUCUUAAUAAUGGAAAUUUGUGUUUUAUAUUCUCGGGUUAUUCUUUCUUGUAUACUUUAGAGAUUGAUGAGCAAUCUCGCAAGAAAGUGAGAAAGAUAAACGUGCCUCUCCCUAGUACUAUGUGCGCAGUGAUUGGAUCAUGCAAUGGUUUGGUUUGUUUGGCCAAGAGAAACCACUUUGGCACUUAUUAUCCUGCCUAUAUCUGUAAUCCCAUCACAAAAGAACGUAUAGAUCUUCCAUUUUUCAUCACCAACAAGAAGGAAAAGGAUGUUCGUAGAGUAUUAUCCGGGUUUGGUUAUGUUCUUUCAACUAAUGAAUACAAAGUUGUUAGAAUUGUAUACUACUACGGCAACGAAGAUUUGUCUGGGCAUGUACAGGUAUACACUCUUGGUGAUGGCAGUGGAUGGAGAGACAAAGAAGAAACCCAUUACCAGUUAAGUAAUGAAGCAAGGAACAAUGUUCUUGCAAAUGGGGAUCUUCACUGGCUAGAUUCCCAAGGGAAUAUAGUGGCCUUCAGUUUGGCAAAGGAGGAGUUCCAGUUACUAUCACCGCCACCUUGUUUACCUGCUUCCACCGAGUCUCAGAUUUUCAAACUUUGUGUGCUUGGAGGGUGUUUGUGUGUCUUUCACCAACAAAGAGGAUAUGUAAGUAACGCAACUUUAUGGAUGUUAAAGAAGAAAACUAGUGGCGAUUGCGGCGGCAAAGAGCAGGAAGACUACGACUCGUUGAGUUGGAAUAAAGAGUUCACCCUUCCAUUCGAAUCCUUAAGUUGGAGCAAAACAUUCACCCUUCCGUUCGCCAUUACAAAGAGCGGUGAAAUUUUAAUUUCCCUCUUUGAGAUUGGAAAGUCUAUUAUUUGUUAUGACACAAACACUUCAACUACAAAAGAGAGAUGGGAGGUUGACCAGAUCUUGUUCCGUUUUGAAGCAGCACCACACAUGCAUAGCUUUGUUUCAUUGAAAGAAUGCAUUAGGAAAAAGACCGACCGAGAUCUCAACUAUUCAAGAAUCAAAAUAGAAUCCUAAUCUAUGUGAUUGGUUAUGUAAUGUUUGUUUGUACCAAUUAUAUUAUGUUCGUCUUUGUUUGCACUUUGCAUCAAUUAUAUAAUUUUUUCGCCAUUUCAUUGGAAGCACUGAAGAAGAC